CUCAACUGCCUGAGAAAGAAAUACAUGGCCUCUUCACAGCGAUACUCAGAGAAACCAGAUGUGCUGAGGAUCGUGGUCACUGGCAAAACUGGAAUUGGCAAGAGUGCAUUAGGAAACACCAUCUUAGGGGAAAACCUGUUUAAAUCCCGUCUGUCUUUGUCCUCGGUGACAUCAGUAUGUCAGAAGGAAACAGCUCAGUUUGAUGGUCAGAAACUGGCUAUAGUUGAUACUCCAGGUCUGUCUGACACCAAAAGACCAUACGACAGUGUGGUUGAAGAGGUUCUUAAAUCCAUCUCCUUUGCUGCUCCUGGUCCUCAUGUGUUCCUGGUUGUGGUGCAAGCAACAAGAUUCACAGAGGAAGACCAAAAGUCUCUGGAAGUCAUCAAGGAGACAUUUGGAGAAGCAGCACGAGAUUACACCAUGGUCCUGUUCACACAUGGAGAUCAGCUGAAGGCUGAAGGAGUCACCAUGGAAGAAUUAAUAAGUAGAAAUCAACCAAUUAAAGACUUCAUUCAUCAAUGCCAUGGAGGAUAUCAUGUUAUUGACAACAGAGAUGAAGCCUCAACUCAAGUCUCUAAGCUGCUGAAGAAGAUCAAUGCAAUGGUUCAGAAAAAUGAAGGAAGAUACUACACCAGUGAACUCUUCACGGAGGCCCAGAAAGCCAUAGAAAAAGAAAUAAGGCGACUUCUGAGAGAAAAUCCAAAGAUGAAGCCAGAAGAAGCAAAAAAACAGGCGGAGAGAAACAACUCAUUCAAUCAGAGCUUUAUGACUUGUAUUAAAGGUGGAUGUGCUGUCGUGACAGCAGGGGGCGCUGUGCUGGCAGCCGCUUUAGUAAUGAAAAAGAUGGGAUGCAUUACCCAGUGAUAAUCUGCUUUAGCUGCAAAAGAUUAAAUCCAGAUUAUCAUAAAAUACAAGAAAAUAAUUAAGGUGUGAAAAUAUUUGAGCUGUGUAAUUUUAUGUGACCGACAUCUGUUUUGAUUGUAAAAAUAGUAACUGUAAAUAUUUCAAUCAAAGGAAAAGUAAAAAAUUUAAAAUUAAAACGUGACGAUUGUCGUCAUGGAUGUUUGUAACUCAUGGUGUUGUGUAUGCGUUAUUGAUCAAGAGCAGGGACGUGACCACUCUACAUUUCACUGUGUGUUAUACUUGUAUAACUAUGCAUGUGACAAAUAAUAAAGAACCUUGAACCUUGAACUCUUUUGGU